AUGAACACCAGCCACAAGUUGAUGUGGCUGCUCUUGCUGCUGCUUGGCCACACAUCAGCGCGGCAUCUGACACUUCGGCCCCUGAGUCGCGCUGAGGUCCACGAAUUGGAGAGCUCUCUACCCCUGGGACGAUCUGUGCCCAGUGGCUUUGCUGCCUUGACAGGCUUUGCCCUAGGCCUGGGAAAGGCCCUGACCGGCGUCUUUAUAUACGACGUAAUCACAGCCAACGUAACCGACAUCGAAGAGAGCGAAAGUUCAGCCAGCGAGAGCGCAAUCAUCGAGAAAAUGAAAUUGUUUGGGAACUUUGGGGCAUUCUGCCUAUCCAUCAUCCUCGUGGCGGGCCUCAGUGCAGGCGUUGAAGCUCGUCGGUUGGUGCUGCGUCCGUUGUCGUCGCGAGAGCUGCUCGCUGCUUUGAGGGAGUCUGGUCUGGAUGAGAAUUCCGAGGCUGGGAGAUCGAUUUCCUCGGCUGUGGCCGGAAUCACAGGAUUCGCCCUGGGCAUCACCAAGGGCGUGGGUGGCUCUCUACUCUUUGAUGUGAUCACCUCGAAUGCCACCAUCCAGUAUGUGACCAAUCUGCUGAACACCACCUCCUCCUCAACGACGGCCAGCAGUGGCACCGCCCAGGAGAUAUGCUUCAACAGCCGCAGUGUCGAUGGAGAGGCCAUCAGUGGUCGGAGCCGCAGCAACAACAGAGUUUCCAGUGAUGAUUUAAUCUAUAGCGAUGAAAUUAGCUCAGAGCCGUCCGGCGAGGAGCGACAGCUGGGCACUGGAACUGGGUCAUCCGGGGGCGUCACCUGCAUUGUCCUCAACUCUGGAGUCAGGCGGCGCCGUCAGCUUGUGGUGCGACCUGGGGCGACCACAAACAGCCGCAACAACCGCAACCUCAACCGAGCCCGACGCCAGUCGAAGCGGCGCGUCGACCAAAGGGUUCGCUGAACCCACUCUUAGGACUUAGUCGACCCCUAACCUACUUUAAGCUAUCACUUAUUUAUUGAUUUCGAUUAGUUUAUUAAAUUUUAAUUGUUCCGCACGGGGGCU